UAAACAUGCAGAAUUUCUAGACGUGCUUGCCAAGACCUUUUUUUAUUAUUAUUUUUUUUACCUCCGAUUUUAAACUUUUUGUAGAGCAUAAAAUCGGGUUAUGGUCCCCGUGAUCUCUUGAUCUCGGGGAAACAAAUUUCGCUUGCAGCAACGACCUGUCACUUCCAUGCUGCAAUUUCAAGUUCACGUUCUGAAUGAAGGAUAUGGACACGUAUCAGACUGCUCUGUGGAGUUUAGCCUUUGGAGGACGUGAAGUAGUCAUCCGACCUAGAUAAACACAUUUUUAGCUGUCGGACAGGCAUGUUGACAACAUGGCCCUUCAUGGUUUGCGACUGUAUCAAUGCGUAAGGGGAAUACUCGGGUUUGGACACUACUCGAGGCCUGGCUCGCUCUCUGACAUAUUCACAGGAUGGCCCCAAAGUCAAGUGGCGGGGAAGAAAAUGUACUUCAAUCUGCCUGAAGUGAAGGAAGAAGAUCUUGAGGAGCAGUUUGUACGAGGGGCAGGGCCAGGUGGACAAGCCACGAACAAAACAAGUAACUGUGUGGUACUCAAGCAUACACCCACAGGAAUUGUUGUCAAGUGCCAUCAAUCACGUUCCGUGGAGCAGAACCGCAAGAUGGCGCGUGAGAUCCUGAGGGUGCGGCUGGACGUGGUCCUGCGCGGUGAGGAAGGCGAGGUGCUGCGCAAGAAGGCCGAAGCCAUGCAGAGGAAGCAGGAGAAACGCCGCAGAGCCAACGAGAACCUGGAGAGGAAGCGCCUCUUCAAGCAGAACCUUCUGGAAGGAAUUGCAACCACUCCGAUGACACGAACAGAAACAACAACAACAACAACAGCAACACCCACUGAAGACGACAAGAACAGCAAGGACUGACUACAGUACAGUGCCAGUAUGUCGAUAAUAUGGCGUAAGGAAACAUCUCUUCAAGCAGACCCAUCUAGAUGGAGUGGACUAACAAACACUCCAACAACCACAUCACCACUCAAUGAGGAUGGCAAGACAGCGAGGACUGAAAUGUUUUUCCCCCACCUCCAGCCAUGCUGAUGGCCAUGGAGGGAGGAGGAGGACACCUGGACAAGUACCUGUGCUUGAGGCACAGAGACCGUCAUGUCAUCACAGGGUUGUGUGUGUGUGUGAGAGAGAGAGAGAGAGAGAGAGAGAGAGAGAGAGAGAGAGAGAGAGAGAGAGCGUGUGUGUGAUCAGUGCCUACGACUUGUUGAGUCUUCCUCCUCGUGAAGUUUAGAGUUCCUCACAAAAAUGCUCAAUUUGAUAUCUUCAAAGCACCCUAAUUCUAACAAACAAUGUAGCUCUCAUCAAUGUUUAGUCAACAUCCUGGUGGUCAGCUGAGCCAUAUCCGUGGAACCAGUGAUGGAGUCCAGACUAAAGCCUUGUUCACACACAUUGCUACUAGUUACUCGCUCAGCUAGUGAAGUCAACAGGAUGUGUUCCAGUGAGGCGAAACUGUCAUUUGAAUUGCCUAUACCAGGGGUGUCAAACUCAAAUCGACUGAGGGCCAAAA